AUGUCCCUUGGGAACGAUGGGCUUUGCAGAUUGGAACAGAUUUGCAUUCCUUUCAUAUUGCAGAGUAAUGUUGUUGUUGACGGGAAUGGAACUGCCAUCAGUUGCAAGGGAAUGACUUACGAGUGGCGUGCUCCGGAAUUAAGGGACGAGGAAGCUCUCUUUGACCUCCCUUUUCAGGUGCGACAAUUGAAUGACACCUGGGCUUAUGGGAAGCUUUCGUUGGAUCUCGUUUUGGGUAUUAGGGACAGUGUCCUGGACAGCUAUUUGUGGGUGCUUUGA